AUGGCUGUGGCAGAGAUUGAGACAGGGUCACUUCUCGACAUCUUCUCGUCUAUUCAGACUGAAGCUUCAGAAAGUGCCUUCAUUUCAUGGCCAGGAGAGGUUGGAGAAAUACCUCAAAUCCAUCUAUGGGAAGCUUAUCGCUUUGCGGGGAUCCUCACUGGUCGGCGACUGAGGAAAGACCCAUGUCUUUCAUCGCUAGUUCUAUCCACGGAGGUCAUCGUCGGUCGCCUUGUGGCAGCCAUUGAUGCCCUCUGCGACACGCGGAACCGACCCGAGUAUAGCCACUUGCUCACAUCUAACUCGCUCCUAUAUCCAUAUGUCGCGGCACGGCUAGAAGUUGCCAUCUUGCGACAUCGGCCCUCCUGGAUGGAGUCGCUGCGCCGAGCUUGCGGUAUUUGUCAACCCUACGGCAAAACCGCGAACGCAGAUAACAUUGCACGCAUGCUGGAUGAGGCUUGGGAGGUGGGCGACGAUGAUUACGACAUUGAUGAGCAAGCCAAACGGAGAAAUGUGGAGAUUGCACUUUUUUGA